AUGUUGCUGAGCAGAGCAGCUAGAAAUUUCAGAAAUGAUGGACACAUGCUAGGAUUGCAGAUGAGUAUACUGGUGAUUACGGUAGACCUGCAAUGCUGCCGCUGCAAGAAGAAGAUCAAGAAUGUCCUCGAGUGUCUCAAAGAGGAUUACUGCAUCGAGAAGAUUGAGUACGAGGACAAGGACAACAGGGUGAUCGUCCGUGGGAAAUUCGACGCGGACAAGCUCUGCAAAAAGAUCUGGUGCAAGGCCUGCAAGGCCGUCAAGGAGAUCGAGAUCGUAAAACAAUGGCCGCCACCGCCGCCAUGCCCGCCUCCGCCUGACCCGCCAAAACCAUGCACAUGCACAUGCCCGCCUCCGCCCGAGCCGCCAAAACCAUGUCCAUGUCACCCGAAGCCAUGCCCGCCGGCUCCUGAGCACAAACCAUGCAAACCUGAGCCCAAACCAUGCCCGUCUGAGCCCAAACCAUGCAAACCUGAGGCCAAACCAUGCCCGGCUGAGCACAAACCAUGCAAACCUGAGGCCAAACCAACAUACAAGUUCGUGCCAUACCCGUACCCGGUGCCGUACCCUAUGCAGUGCCAGAGCUCGCCGUGGAACUGCCCUCCGCAGCAGUGUCACUGCUGCCCUGCCGAAAAGCCACCGGCCCCGCCGCCACCGCCUCCCCCACCGCCGCCGGACCCCCCCAAGCCGGAGCCCUGUAAGUGCUCGCAGUCGCAACACCCCUCUCACGGUGGCUGUGGCUGCGGCAAGCCGCCUGCUAAUUGCUGGCCGCCGCCCACCUGGCCGCCGCAGCAACCCUGCUUCAUGCCGCCACCAUGGUUCACGGAGGAGAACCCAUCGGAUGCCUGCUCCAUCAUGUGA